UGUUAUAUAUUUUGGGGCAUAGUUAGAUUACAAACAACAAUUUGAUCCUGCAAACAAAACGUACACUUUACAGUAUGUCUUAAUUGGCUCUACAGUUGCAUAUCUAAUUACACGAUAACAGUGUAAAUUUUGCGAGUAAUUUUCGUAAAGCUGACUUUUCGUAUCCAUUUUAAAAUACAAGUGGGCAAUGCUUACAGUUUGUUAGAAGUCCACUAAAAAGUUAAUGUGCAUUUGGUAUAUUAGGCUGGCAUCGAUGGUGAUUACCUGAGUAUUGCUCUCGAACCAGAAGCCGCGUCAUUGUAUUGCAGACACCUUCCAGUAGAAAAACAAUCACUGUCGGCCAGUACGCUCUCGGCAUUAAGAGAGGGAAAGACGUACCUUGUACUCGAUGCAGGAAGUAGUCUGUUUUCUAAUAAUGCAUUAUUGGUGCUAAAUAAGUUGCGUAUGUUGUAAUUUUGUGUUGACCAUGUAUGUUUAAUUAAUGUUACAGGAAGCACAGUUGACAUCACAGUACAUAAGGUAUGUCAUAGUGGAAGGCUGAAAGAAGUCUACAAAAGCAAGCGGUGGCGCCUGGGGAGGAACAAAGGUCGAUGAGGCCUUCAUUAAAUUUCUCGACGAAAUAGCGGGUGGAGACGUUAUUGAGUAUUUAAAAAAAGAAGCCAUGGAUGAUUACUGGGAACUGCUGAGAAACUUUGAGGUGAAAAAGAGAACAAUAGAUGCUGAUUCCGACGAGCUCGUUACAUAUAAAGUACCGUUCAAAAUGUUAGAGUUUGUUCUCGAAUUGAAACCAGCGACUUUAAAACAGGUUAUAUAGAACUCCAAGUGUUCUGAACAGAUUGACCUAUCUGGAGACAAGAUGCGUUUAUAUGCAAACCUGUUCCGGUCGUUUUUUGACGCCUCAAUCAGCAGCAUCGUUCUGCACCUUGACGAUCUUCUACAUAAACCUGAGAACGCUGAUGUUGAAGCCAUAUUAAUGGUCGGUUGCUAUUCAGAAUCCCCACUGCUUCAACAAACCAUCCGAAAAAAGUUCAACGAUCUUAAGGUCGUUAUUCCUAAUGAAGCAGGGCUGGCUGUACUGAAAGGAGCUGUUAUUUAUGGUCAUGAUUCAACCGUCAUCAGAGAACGUGUAGCAAAGUAUACAUAUGGGACUGAUAUUGAGGGUGAAGAAAUUUCUCCUGGACUAUUUACAGAUCAUCGAUUUGACACACUUAUUGCGAAUGGACAAACAUUGGUUGUUGGCGAACCACAACAAGAGAAGACAUACCAACCAGUGAAAAUAGAUCAGAAAGCGCUGGAUUUUGACAUUUACGUGACGCGCGAUAAAAAACCCUACAUACGUUACUGAUCUCGGGUGUCAAAAGAUUGGUUCGUUCGAAGUGCCAAUAUCUGGGCGAGGCUUAGAGCGAUGGGUUACUGCAAGAAUGCUAUUUGGCGGAACUGAAAUUGAGGUUGUUUGUAUUGAAGAGGCUACAGGAAAAGAAACAAAAUCAAAGGUUGACUUUCUGCAAUAAAAUGCAUAAUACAAGUUAAAAACGUGAAGUAAGAUAUGCCAUGAAUACAUAGAACAGGUUUCAUCAAGUUCCUGACUGUAAAUGUCAAACCCGUCGAUCAAGCACGCGUGAACAAUAGGUAUACGUGGUACAAACAAAGCCUGUUUCGCAGAUUGGGGAUACCGACGAAGAAAACCGUGUUUCUACUGGGAGACUUCGUGGACAUGUUAAAGGAGGGUUUCAGUUACAUUAGUAUGGACUUGUACAAAAAACACGGAAAAGUAUUUGGGCUCUAUACAGGGAACAAGCCGACCAUGGUAAUCAGCGACCCAGACAUCAUUAAGCACAUCAUGGUUAAAGAUUUUGAACACUUCACCGACAGACCACAAUUCAUAAUGCUGUCCAAGUUUUGGCGCUCUGCUAUGUCUUUUGCAAGUGGAGACGCCUGGAGAAAUAUUCGACACACCCUAAGUCCAAGCUUCACAUCGGGAAAAAUGAGAAACAUGACGCCAUAUCUACACAGAUGUUUAGACAUAUUUCACGGUCUACUGGAGAAGAACAUCGAAGAACAUCCUCAAGGCUUUGACAUUGACCCUAUGGUGCGAUGUUACACCAUGGACGUGAUCUGCGCUACUUCGUUCGGCCUGGAGGUCAGCGCCCAGACGGACCUUGAAAACCCCUUCAUCAAACAUUCAAAGGAAUUUCUUGACAUCAACCCCAGUGGAAAUCCGCUAUUCAUUAUUCAGAUACUGUUCCCAGAAUUAGCAAAUGCGUUUCCAAAGUUGUUUGAGUCAAACUUGGUCGCCAAACAUGCUAUCGACUUCUUCAAGAACGCGAGUAUAUCCUUGUUUGAAGACAGAAAAAAAUCUGAUGCGAAUUACAAGGACCUUCUGCAGUUGAUGGUGAAUGCAAAUAAACAGGCGGAAAACGAGGAGACAUCUGGCGGGAAAAGGAAAGGUCUUACUGACGACGAAAUCCUCACGAAUUCUGUCACGUUCAUGGUGGGGGCUUAUGACACCACGGCAGCCACCAUCGUCUGGAUCCUGUACGAAAUGGCGCUGCAUCAAGACCUCCAACAGAAACUCGUUGAUGAGAUUGAAGAACAGAUCGGAGAAAAGGAAUUGUCCUAUGACAAUGUGUUCACCAUGCGAUACGUGGAUAUGGUCAUGUCGGAGACAUUACGGAUGCACCCACCUAACACAAGACUCGGCCGUCAACCUGAUUGUGACAUUGAGAUAUGUGGAGUGAAGAUUCCAAAAGGAAUGGACUGCACAAUUAGUACAGAUAUAGUGCACUUCCUGGAGGAAUAUUGGGAAGACCCGUACACAUUUAAUCCAGAAAGGUUUUCGCCAGAGAACAAGUCCAAGAUCAACGAGUACGCCUACCUGCCAGUUCGGGGUGGGGCCGCGGAACUGUGUGGGUAUGCGUCUAGCCCAGCUUGAGGUCAAGAUGACCGUCAUCAGCAUCUUGAGAAAGUACAGGAUCUACAAAGGAAGCGAGCUUAAGGUGCCCCUGCCUCGGAAUCGUCUCGGGUUUGCCCGCCCUGGUGCGCCGGUGCAUUUGCGACUCGAACAUCGAACCCAAAACUGAGAAAAUAUCUCGUUUCCAUAACAUGUUUCGUAUGCUUUCUAUUUUUGAUGUGAGUUUCAUUUUUACUUUGAAGUGAACCAUAUUGACGGUAAAUAGUAUACAAGAUACUGGAUGACAUGGCAUUGGGCAUGGUUUCAUGUGCAGUGUGUAUCGUGUUGCAUUUGAAUUUUAAUUAAUUUUGUUAACAUGCACACUUGUGGAGAAUCUGAAAUAAGAGUAGAUAUGUAUUUUUUGAGAUUGGAUAUUUAUUUUAUGUACUGUUGUUUUGAGUGGUAUUUCUAAUUUAUUAAUUGUCAUUAAAAGAGAAAUAUAAGACGGACAAAAAGGUAAAAUAGAAUAAUGGUACCAA